CCUCGCCCCGCCCUGGCCUCGGGCAGCUCCGAUAAGGGGUAACCGAUGUCACUGGGCGCGGGGGGCGGGGCCUGGGGCAAGGGGGCGGGGCGGGCGGCUCGCGGACGCGCGUGCGUCCCGGGGAAAAUGUUGCGCAGGUUCUAAAAUGGAACGUCGGCGGCGGCGGCGUGAGUGAGCGCGAGGGGGUGUGUGGCCGUGGCCGUGGCCGUGCGGGCCGUGGGGGGUGUUUGCGUGCGUGUGAGCGCGCCCGCCCGGGACCCCGCGCACCCCGAGUGGCCGCCGCCCCCGCCGCCGCCGCCGCGCCCGGACUCCGGGGCUCCCUGGCCGGCCGCCCCCGCCGCCGCCGCCGCCCGCAUGGAGCUGUCUGCCAUCGGGGAGCAGGUGUUCGCCGUGGAGAGUAUCCGGAAGAAGCGCGUGCGCAAGGGUAAAGUGGAAUACUUGGUCAAGUGGAAAGGAUGGCCCCCAAAGUACAGCACAUGGGAGCCAGAGGAACAUAUUCUGGACCCGCGCCUUGUCAUGGCGUAUGAGGAGAACUCCUCAACUUUUAUUGGAUUUUCAUUCAGGGAAGAGAAAGAUCGUGCGUCCGGGUGUAGGAAAAGAGGCCCGAAGCCCAAACGGCUGCUGCUGCAGAGGCUGUACAGCAUGGAUUUGCGCAGCGCCCACCAGGUGAAGGGGAAGGAGAAACUGUGCUUCUCCCUGACCCGCCAGUUUGGCGGCAGUGGGGCCGGCGGCGGUGGUGGCGGCGGCGGCGCCCCCGACGGGGUGGGUAGGGCGGGCCCAGCACAGCUGGAGAAGAGCAGCAGCGGCGUACCCACCCUGCCCUUCCCGCUCAGGAAGCAGAGCAAGGCCCAGAAGUACCUGCGGCUGUCCCGAAAGAAGUUCCUGCCCCGCCUGGAGGGCCGUGGCCAGCUUAGAGAGGCCUUCCUGGAGGAGCCCGCCGCCCAAGAGGCCACGCAGGACCCCGGCGAGUGGGACGAGGCCACGGCCACCACCACCCCUGAUGAGCAGCACCCUGGCAAGGAGGGUGGUGACCUGACUGAAGGGGGCCCUCCCUGGAUCCCCACGCACCCCCCUUCCGAAGUGACGGUGACUGAUAUCACAGCCAACUCCAUCACCGUCACCUUUCGGGAAGCACAGGCCGCCGAAGGCUUCUUCCGGGACCGGAGCGGGCAGCUCUGAACUUCUCCAUUCUGACCCCCCCCUUAAAUGGUUUUCUGUGGGUUUGGGGCUCAGGCCAGAGGAGGUGUGGGAGGAGGGCGAUCAUUUUAUUUUAAAAGGCAAACUCCUAAAAAACCAAGAGAGAGCUGAAGAGAAAUGCUCUCCAUUCUCCAGUCCACCCUCGGUCCUGGGACAAUGAUGUUUACAGAAGUUUGCUGGGGGAGCGGGUGGGAUGGAACGGAAAGAUCUUUGGGGAUUUUUGUCUAUUUCUCAGAUGGUCACUUGCCUUGACCUUGAGCUGAACGGCUCGGGUCAGGGAAGCCCAAGCAGGAAAGAGGAAGGAGGGAGAAGACCCAGGACCUGUGGGUGUCAAAAGGCCUUCUCCAUCCCGCCAUCCUGGGUUGGUUUGCCAGAGUUUAUUGCAGUUUAUCUAAGCUUAGGUUUUCCCAGAGGCCUUUGGGCCAUGGUGGACGGCAAAGAGAGCUGGGACCUGGGAGGAAAAAGUGGGAAUUUCCCGCUCAGCAGAUACGUGUCCCCCAAAAACCCUCCCCCAACAGAGCCCCUCCUUCCCUGCCAUGCAAACAGCUCAGUGUGAAUGGGCAUUUAUCCACUUCCACUCCAGAAGGCGAGGAUUCUUCCAGUGUUUAUGCUGUAAGGAAGGGGCUUUUCUUUCAAAAAAAAAAAAUUCUGUGAUCCGCAUCCACGGGGGAACCCCUAGUAUGGAAAUUCCCUCCUCUGGAGCAGAUUGGCACCUCCUCUGAAACUGAUAAGCGUUUCGUCUGGGAAAGCCGCCAAGGGCGCUGAAACGUCCUGCCCGGCUAGCAUGCGGCCGGGGCCGGACCUGAACCCGUCUUCCUUAUUUUAAGGCCAGAUCUUCAGCCAUGCUGCCUUUUGUAGUUAUGUGCUCCCUACUCCUAGCACACACACUCUCUCACACUCACAUACACACUCUCUCCCACACCCACCCACCCACACACACACACACACACACUCACACUCACACACACAUGAAGGCACUUUUCCUCAUAGUAGGCAGAGAAGUUACUAUAUUUUCCCCCAUUUUAUAGAUGGGACAUUGAGACCCCAAAGAAGGAAAUACAGUGAUUUAACUGUCAGAGCCAGAACUUCAAGUCUGUGGCUCUGGAGUCAGAGGUCCUGGGUUCAGAUCUCACCUCCCAAGCUUACGCCUUGCCUGGCCUUGGACACAGUGGGUGCCCUCAGACUCUCAUUUCUUCCUCUAUAACUUCAGGGCUCGAUGGAGUCUCAGCAGGGCCUCUUGGCGGACCCAGAGCCCUGCCUCCAAACCCAGUGAGAUUUCCCCCUUUCCCAGUUGUUUUGAACUUUCCACAUCAGAAUUGUUAGAGAGAACCAGGAAGUGGACAGUCACACAACCUCCUUUCAUGGGGUUGGUAGGGAGGGCCCAGAUAACAGAGGUGGGGAGAAGGCUAAGGAGGAUGGGGGCAGGGGUAAGCGACUGGAAGAACAGAGCCUGCUAGUGAAAGCCGGGGAGGUGUGAGCUCCCACAAUCCCAAGUCUCUCCUUCAGGUUUUUGGGGUGCUCAGGAUCAGGGAGAAGACAAGACCCCCCCUCCAAGGGGUGGCCCCCAAAGCCUGCGGGCCCCACCCUCCAGCCCUGUAAGCACACACCUGUGUACACGCCACACCCUGCAGAGUGGCUGGACUGGGCGUGAAGCCAGGCUCCUCUGGGCUGGGAGGCGGCACCUGCCCGGCCUGCUUGUCCCCUGUGGGGCCUCCAGGUGAAUAAUUCAUUCUCCCUUUGGGCCCAUAUUCUGGGAGAGGGAGGGAGGAAGGGGAAACCGUCUCUAAGUCCCAAGCUCUAGAUACAAGCAAUUGUUCUGUCUGCUUGGCGUCUGGGGAGGCUAGCAAAGGGCUUUCCAAACUCUGGGAAAGCGCAAGCAGGCCCAUUUUACAGAUGAGGCAACCCAGGUCCAGAGAUGGGGAUGGAUUUGCCAGCAAGAAUCAGAGCCACCUGUCUAUAGGAGAGAGUUGGAGAUUGCUUUUGGGGGAGCCAAUAGACAGAUACUCACCUCCCCCACACACACAUCCAAGGGGGGUCUCACUUUAAGGAAACCCACUAUUGUUGACAGUGUGAAAGGAUGAAAAGACAUGGGUCUCAGUUUCCUCAUCUCUAAAAUGGAGGCGUUGGACUAGAGACCCCUUCUAACUAAAUCUGGGACCUCAUAGCUCAGACACAGUUCCCUUAAUUGUGAACCCCUGCUCCUCCCCCCAUUCCUGUUUGGAGAAACUUGAGACCUUGAGAAGAUGAUUAUUUUAGGUUUGGAGCCCCCACUCCAAAACAACAGCAGCAGAUUUGAUUUACUUAAACACACACCAGCAAAGGAUUAAUCCAUUCUCAGUUAUGAGGUAGUAGAAAGAACAUUGAAUUCAGAGGGAGCGAACCUGGAUUCAAAUCUUAGCUUUGCCUCUCAUAACCUCUGUGACUUUGAGUAAAUGUUUUGCCUUUCCCUAGACCUCAGUUUUUCCCAUCUGUAAAAUAGGGCCGUUGGAGUAGGUGAUUCUAUGUUCCUUUCAAAGCUCAGUCCAAGACAAUGCAAUUUGUCAUUAAGGGAGGAUUAGUCCAGAGCCUUUAGCUCAUGUGUGGAAGAAAGGGAGUGAAUGAUAAAUGGAGACAGAUUCAGAAAGCCCCAUCCUGGGGAGCCUGAGCCUCUGGGAUUUGGUCCUAGGAAGCAUAUGAGACCGCCCUUUUUGACCUUGGAGAAAGGGAGCUUUCCAAGUCACAAUUUUUUUCUUGUCUCUAACUCGGGUGACUUUUAUGAUUCAUCUGAACCCCCUUUUUGUGAACUAUUCCUUAAAUUGUCUCCCCAUUUCUACUACAGGGAUAAGAUUGGAGCCAGCAGAGAAAGUGUUAGUUUUAUGAAAGUUCCCAGGGGUCCUCAUUCUCAGGGUAGCCUUGUUCUUUUCCCUUACUGGGCAGAAAAGGAUGAUGGUCAGUUCUCCUGGGCACACUCUUCCUAACAAGAGAACUUCUAAAGUAGACUUGAGGCUAGCUUGAAAACUAGUGAAUUUUCUGUCCUUGGAGGUCUCCAAGUACCGGCUAUUAUAUGUUGUAAAAAGCUGAGCCUCUGGGGUGCAGGAUGCCUGAUAUUCCCUGGUCCUGGGACAUUUAGCAGGGAGGCUAAGAUGGGCAGACACUGGACAAAAGGCCAAGAUGAGGUAACUGAAUCCCUGCCGGCACCCUCUGAUGGAGAGUGGGAAUGGGUGGGGGGGAGAAUCCUUCCCCCUGACCCUGCUUCCUUCCAUCCUGACUUUCCAAACCAAACCAAUUUCCGAAAAGCAUCCAGUCCAUUCUCCACCCCUGCUACUACCCACAAACACUCCCCUUCCCCCCUUUUUUUUGGGGGGGGUGCAUCAGGGAAGCCUACAACUGCUGCCUCUAGGGACUCAACUUACCUCCUUCCAGUUCCAGGGCAUUUUAUUCAAAGCCUUUGCCUUCAACUGUUACAAGAGCAGUUCACAGGCUUCCCAUCAUCCCCUCCUCUACCCUUGGAAGGUGAGCCGUUCCCACAAGAGAGAGGGAAGGGGGUUGGUUGACUGGAGACCUUGAGAAGAUGAAUGACAUAGCUUAAUUUAGGCCUGGCUCCCUGUCCCAAGAUAGUAGCAAAGGAUUUGUUUUACUUACACGUGCAUUCGCACACAUACAUAGGAUUUGCAUGUAACUGUUGGGGAGUAGGAGAAGAUAGGGAGCAAUUCUGGCUUCAAAUCUCUGUGAUGUUUAAUAAGUCUCUUGCCUUCCUCUGGACCUCAGUUUUUCUCAUCUGUAAAAUGAAAAGUUUGGACAUUUUGGCUUUCUGUCGGCUUCAGGCCAGAUAUUGGGAAAGGAUUGCCCCAGAUUCCCCACCAAUAGCCCCUUUUCUGGGCAGUGAGCGAAAGCGGAAGCCAGUCAGUUCUAGUCCCUUCCUCUCUUCCCCACUGGCAGAGACCCACCCCCACCCCCUCCUCUCCUAUUAGCCAGGGUAACCUGCUCUCAGCUCAUCUCAGCCCCAGCAGAGAGGAGCUUGGGGUUAGGAGUUGCAGGGAGAGAAGCCAGUGGCCUUCUCAUUUCCAUCCAGGCCUGCUGUUUUCCCAUAUCCUGGUGGGGUCACCCUUGCGAGGGCUUGUGCUGAGAAACAGGGAGCUUAUAACUUAAGUCUUUCCCCUGGGUCAGACCCCUUCAGCCCAGCUGAAGCAGGAAGAUGGGAGGGGAUGUCCCGCCAGCCAGCCUCAGUGAUGGAAUGGCUAGCACAGACACUCCCAGAAGCAGAUGGGAGGCAAGGAUGAAUAUCUAAGCCAGACUGUUAAGGUGACAUGUGGGUGUGUGUGUGUGUGUGGGGGGGGGGCAGACAAGGCAGGUUUGGGGAAAUGGUGUUAGGGAUAAUGAGGACCUGAAGUGUGGGAAAGCACCUCACUGCGCUGGGAUUGGGGAUGGGAGCUUGAGGUAGGAGCCGACAACGCUCUCCUAACCCUCAUUCCCCAUGGCCCCCUUCCCAGCCCCCACAUCUUUUGGGGCCUCUCUCCUGGUUUGGCACAGGGCUUGACCAGAAGGCCAGUGGAAGGCAGUGGAAGUUCUAAGCCCAGUAGGGCGGUCCAGAGGCAGCUGCCAAAUGUGCCAAAUGAAUAAGGAGGCCGGAGCCUGGGGUCUGGGUAGGACAAGGUAAAAUAGCUGCCUGAAAUCUUUGGCUUCUCUCUCCUACACACACACACACACACACACACACACACACACACACACACACACACACACACUCUCUCUCUCUCUCUCUCUCUCUCUCUCUCUCUCUCUCUCUCACUCACUCACUCACUCAGACAUACACACACAGAGAUAUUCAGACACACACAAGCACAAACCACCACACACACACCCCCUCCUGACUGCUGCAAUGCCCUUUUCUUUAGGGCUCCAGAUAGAGGCUCAAAGCGGCGACUGCCUCAACUUCCUUUCUGCUCUAUAGGCCCUUUCAAAGAGAUGAUUGUAAAUUUAAACUAUAUAUAUAUAUAUAUGGGGGGGUGACUGCCUUGAUAUCUGCAAUAAACAAGCCUCUGGAUUAGCACUUUAAGGUCAAAUCCUCCCCCCCAUACCAGCCACUCCCAAGGGCAGGGGGGUAAGAGUUUGCCCCCUUCCCAUAGGCUGGGGGCUUUGCUCAUGGUCUCAUGGCUAGUCUGAGAGAACCAGCAGCCUAAAGGCCUAGAUCAUUCCAGCUGGGCACAAACAACUCGAAAUGGAUUUGGAGCCGGCUCUUGUCACUUUUGACAUGCAUGAGCGUGAGCAAACCACUGGUUUUCAAUUUCUUCCUUUGUGAAAUCUGGCUCCUGAGGGUCCUCCCUGUGACUCACUCCUUUGGGUAGCAGAGGGCUCUUGGCAAGCAUCCCGAGUCCCCAGCCUGCCCCCCAUCACCCUCCGCCCCUGGGGAGGAACAAGUCUCUGAGUUCCAUUAGGAAUUCCACCGGGGCCUGUCCCAGGAAGGGGAGAGGGAUGACAGGGUUUAGAGGUCAAGCUGAGGGUCAGCUCCCAGCUGACAAGGGUGGGUAUCAAGGGGCCAGGCCCAGGCUGUGUCCUCCCCACCUGCCCCACUCUGAGCCCACUCCGGGCAUUCCAUCAAGGGGCCUGGCAGAGCAGGCAGAGUUGGGGCACUCCCUCCCGUGUCUGGGGCCUGUCAACUUAGCCCAGAGGCCUCCGACUCCAGUGUGAGCAGCACAGAACUGGCCUUUCUCCUUGCCGCCUCCUCCCCUGCCACACUCACUUCUGAAUGUUUUAAUCCAGGGCUGGUACUUAGCUUUUUUCUUGUUAAAGGGACAAGGAGCAAACAUUGUCUACCCCCAGGCGGGUGGCAGGAUCCCAUCCCAGCCUGCUUUGGGGUGUUACUCUUAAUAAUAUUUCUAACAGUGGCCAAUUUCCCUCCCCUCUUGCUCCAGGGAUGGACAAGGUGGGUUUUUUUCCUCUGGGCAAGUUGAGGAUGGAUGGAGCCCCUCCCCUCAAGUUGCCCCCAGUCCCCAAUCUCAGCCUGGGAAAGCUUUCUUUGCACAGAAUGAGCUUAUAGCUUUGUACAGACAAAUGAAUGUAUUGGGGAGGGGAGGGAGGGGAGGGGAGGGAGGGAGGGGCAAGGGUCAGGGGUCAGGGACAAGGUCACUCCAGGUACACGUGCCUGCUGCAGGUGAGGGAGGGCCGGCCGGGAGCUGGUCAGACUGGGGUGGGAGGGCAGGGCAGGGGGGGUUUCAGAUGGACACAGAAUGUGGUUUUAUUUUUGUAUUGAUAUCAGUAAGAGAUUGUACCGCAUCUAUUUAUUUAGAUGAUUUAUCUGGUAUAUAUGGCAAAAAAAAUUAUUGAAGAGAAUAUUAAAGAUGAUUUGGAGAAAAAAAUA